CUGCACUUCUCCUCCCCCCGAGGAUUGAGCGGCACGCUUACGAAAGGGUUAACACUGGUGUGACGAGAUCUUCGAGAAUGCUCCUGUAUAGGUUCCUCCUGUUUGCUUUGCUGACGGCUUUGCUGCUUCAGGCUGCUCAGUGCAAGAGGACGAUCUGCAAAGACAGCUGCUGCUCCUUCGUUGAGAAAUUUCCAGUCAGAUUGAAAGCACUUCGUUCUUCAUACGCCAAGAUCCGAGACUACUACGAAUCCAAGGAUGAGCUGGACACCUCACUAUUCAACAGAACAGUUCUUGAACACUUCAAAAGCCCUUACGGAUGCAGUGUCAUGAACGACAUUCUGCAUUUCUACUUGGAGACCGUGUUGCCUAGUGCCAUCACAGGACACAUAACCAAAGACCACUUCAGAACUCCCAUCGACACCAUCGGAAACUUAUUCCAAGAGCUCAAGAGGGAGCUGAUCCAGUGUAGGAGUUACUUCACAUGCCGGAAACCUUUCGAAAUCUCCAGCGUCAAGAACUCAUACAGUCAAAUGGGAGGGAAAGGCCUUUACAAAGCCAUGGGAGAGCUGGACAUGUUGUUCAACUACAUUGAAGAUUAUGUGGCAUCACAGGGACGUAGACGCUGAAUGAAUGGAUAAGGACACACUUGAUAAGCCAACGGGACCCCUAUUUGAAUAGUGUGGAAACAAGACUGGAACAUAAUAUUUACACUGGAUGUAUAAAUGUCUAAAUGCACAAAUAUUUAUUUAUUACUACUUUAAAAACUCUGUUUCUGCUGUGCUACCACACUAAAUGAUUUGCCUUUUUUGUACUUGGCUGUUUUUUGUACAGCCCUAGAAUAGUUCCCGAUGUGUUUAUCUUCCUAGAAGAAUUAAGCUCAUACUGUUUAAGUCAUAUUGACCACAGCUUUUCUGUAAUGUAGUUGCUUUUUGCAAUGAAGUGUAAUAACUGUUAAAAAUGUCGACAAUUUUUUAUAUUUAUUAACAGUGUAAUUGCUACUUCAGAGCUUUUAAUUUAUUGUUUUGUAUGUUGUAUUAAAUGCUGGUACUUUGGUUAACUGAAGUAUUAACUGUUU